AUGUCGAAGGAAGGCACCAACAAUGGCGGCGGCAGCUCCGGUAACUGGACUCGCCUCUGUGACACAUGCCAGUCGGCGGCAUGCACCGUGUACUGCCGUGUUGACUCGGCGUACCUGUGCUCAAGCUGUGACGCUCGCGUCCAUGCAGCCAACAACAUCGCUUCAAGGCACCACCGUAUGUGGGUUUCUAAGGCUUCUAUGUGCUCAAACAUUCGUGGUGUGCCUGUUCUUCCUCUCUCUAGUUGUCUCUUUGUUGGUGAACAAGAUCAUGGAUUCAUAGGUAAUGGAUGUGACGUUGACAAGGUUGUUAUUAAAGAGGACGAUGAGGCAGAAGCAGCUUCGUGGUUGUUGCCAAAUCCUGUGAUGAAGAACGAAGAAAAUCAGAGUUUCUUGUUUGGUGGAGAUGUUGAUGAGUAUAUAAAACUUGGUGACAAACAGUUCAGUUCUCUUCACUAUGAUGACAAGCAGCAUAAUUACCGUUCUGUCCCUCUGAACUAUGCACUAGGAAAUGCCCAAGCUCAGGUUAAGCAACAAUCACACCUUUUUCAACCGGGUUUGGAUUUUGACUCAUCAAAAGUUGGGUUCAGUUAUGAUGGUUCUCUUGGUCAAAGUGUUUCAGUUUCACCAGUGGAUGUUGGCACUGUACCAGAAUCAACAAUCAGUAAUGUCUCAUUUUCCCAUUCAAAAUCACCAAUAGGUGACAUAUUUCCUCCCAUUCUAUUGCCUUCACAUUUUACUCCAAUGGAUAGAGAGGCCAGAGUUCUAAGAUACAGGGAGAAAAAGAAAACAAGAAAGUUUGAAAAGAAAAUCAGGUAUGCCACAAGGAAAGCCUAUGCAGAGAGUAGACCCCGCAUAAGAGGUCGAUUUGCAAAGAAAGCUGAUGUAGAAGCUGAAGUGGACCCUAUGCUCUCCACAACUCUAGUGACAGAAACUGGAUGUACCAUUGUUCUCCCUUCAUGA